AGCAUCAUCACUUCAUCAAUGAAAUAGAAAUUGACCUGUAUUAAUAUUGUUUCUCACUUUUGACUUAAAGCACAUUAUCGUGCAAAUGAGAACACAAACCUUUAGCAUACUUUGUAAUUUGUGUGGAUUUUGGAAGUGUUAAUCGAGUUUAGUGAAUUUUAUUAACGCAUUGUAGUCGUAGUAAAACUUAUCAAAAUGGAACAGCAGUGGAUUGGAUGUACAGUUUCAGUGGAUUGUGGACCUUUACAUGGGACUUAUCAAGGCGAAGUUAAUAAAAUAAACAAGGAACAGCAAAUCUUAAUUUUAAAGAAAGCAUUUCUUAACGGUGCUCCUCAUCCUGACGGCAAUGUUACCAUAAUGUGGGAGAUGAUUAAAAACUUAUCAAUUCUAAAAACUGCGGAAGAAAACAAAGAAACUAAACCAGCGACUAGCAGAGUACAAGUGAGAAAGCCUGUAGCGAAGAGGAUGGACAGAUCGGUGAGUGAAAAUAUUGUUGCUUCAAGAUCGAUGCCUAAAAAUUGCGUCAUGAACCGGAUGACAAUGCCACAGUCCUCUUCUUCACACAAUUUGGGGGAAUUGGCCACCAAAGCGACGGUCCCAACUGAUUUUUCAGCCUCACAAAACUCGUAUCAAGCCGGUACAACACCAAAUAAAAAGGACCGACCUCGACAAAAUAGUAGAUGGGUUGAUAAGAACGAAGCGUGUUUUGGCGAGCCCGUAGAUAAUAUAAUGCACAAAGAAUUCGAUUUCGAGAAAAAUUUGGCUCUAUUCAACAAAAAGGCAGUGUAUGACGAAAUAAAUGCGCAAAAGCCAGACUUGGUAAGCAAACUGACAAGCCAGUGAAUUAUAGGCAUAAAAAAACGAGAAGUACUUGAAGUCAAAUCCCAUGACUGAUGGAUAAAUUUCUGUUCCUCUGCAUGUGGCCAAAAAAGAGAUGUAACUG